GAGAGAGGAUGUGGAGAAGUCAUCUAAUUCAUGUUAAACUAAAAGAUUAGAGAUUAAAAUAAGAAAAUAAUGGUAGUCUAACUUUUACCAAACAUGAUAAAGCUAUUCAUUCUAACAUCGCCCCUCGCCCCGCCGCCGGAGAAAGAGACAGGUGGGAGACGUCACCCACUGCCUCAGCGCAUCCAUGUCCUUAAAAAGUCCAAUGCCACUGGAUAAUGCUGAGAGAGAGAGAGAGAGAGAGAGAGAGAGAGAGAGAGAGAGAGAGAGAUGGAAAAUCACAGCGAGCAGCAAUUCGAUGUUAUUGUCGUCGGCGCCGGUAUCAUGGGCAGCUGCGCGGCCUACCAGCUCGCCAAACGUGGCCAGAAGACCCUCCUUAUCGAGCAAUUCGACUUCUUGCACCACCGCGGCUCCUCCCACGGGGAAUCCCGCACCUUGCGAGCCGCCUACUCAAAAGACUACUAUCCAAGCAUGGUUCUUGAAUCCAUCCGUCUAUGGGAAGAAGCUGAAUCAGAGAUCAGAUACAAGGUCUACACCAAGACCCCACAUUUAAACAUGGCCUCCUCGGACAAUCCUUCCCUCCAGUCAGUCAUCGCGAGCUGCCGAUCGAAUUCGAUACCCCACCAAAUCCUCAAUCGCCAACAAGUCGCUGAUCAGUUCAAAGGUAUGUUCAACCUGCCUGAUGAUUGGAUUGGAUUAGUGACUGAGAUUGGAGGCGUGAUCAGACCCACCAAGGCCAUGUCCAUGUUCCAGACACUAGCCAUUAGAUGUGGGGCUGUCCUGAGGGAUAACAUGGAGGUGAAAGAGAUUAAGAGAGAUGAGGAAAAGGGUGGAAUAUGGGUAUCUGCAGGUGGGACCCACCGGUUCUGGGCUAGGAAGUGUGUGGUGACCGUUGGUGCUUGGAUGGGGAAGUUAGUUAAAAUGGUUACUGGGAUGGAACUGCCCAUCCAACCGUUGCAUAUAACAAUAUGUUACUGGAGAAUCAAGGAGGAGUCCACCGAGCCUGACUUCUCGCCGGAAAGUAAUUUUCCGACGUUCUCAAGCUACGGAGAGCCGCACAUAUAUGGGACGCCGUCGGUGGAGUUCCCGGGAUUGAUCAAGAUCACCGUUGAUGGUGGUUAUCCGUGUGAUCCAGACCGUAGGACGUGGGCCGCAGCGACUGGAUCAGAUGGGAAUGCGGUGGCAGCGUGGAUUGAUCAGGUGUUCGGUGGCCGUGUGGAAUCGGCUGGUGGGCCUGUGGUGACUCAGCCGUGCAUGUACUCGAUGACUCCAGACCAUGAUUACAUUAUCGACUUCUUGGGGGGUGAGUUUGGGAAGGAUGUGGUGGUGGCUGGAGGAUUUUCAGGCCAUGGGUUUAAGAUGGGCCCAGUGGUGGGGAGGAUCUUGGCUGAUCUUGUGAUCAACGGUGAGGCAGACGGUGUGGAUUUGAGUCACUUCAUGUUGGGAAGGUUUGAGGCCCACCUUAAGGGGGAUGUGAAAGAGAACUGAGGACCAAUGUCUCAUGAACAUCCAUAGGGUCUGAUUUUGUCUUUUCUUCUUUUUUUCUUUUUUCUUUUUUUUUAAAUAUGGCACGUGUGGGAAGCCUGCAUGGCUCAGUACCUGUGGAGGAACUGAUCAUGGUUUGCACGUGUGAGGAUACGAUCUUUGUCAUGUUAGGAUAUCAAAUAAA